GCUACCCAACUGGCUUGUAAGGAAUGAUAUUAUUUCCCAGGGGCUGAUGGAAAGCUCUGAGCACCCUCUGCUGCUCUCAUGGAGAUUAGGCUAAGCAGCCCCAUCUGACCUUGCAAACACCAGGCAGAAGGUGCUGUGCCCUCCCAGCAAGAGGGAGGCUGCUUUCCACUGCCAGGACCUCAGAUAACAGUGGAGAGCACUACAGGAUUCACCCCAGGCUUCCCUCUGCAGCAGAAACCACCAGACUCUUGAUUCACACGGAAGGUUUGGAGAAGACAGCACAACCUCUCUGUUCUGAAAGGUCAGCUAUAGCUUUCCUCUUGUGUCUGACCAAGUUUCCUUCCCAUAGCUGGCUCACCUUUACUUCAGAGGCAGAAGGACUUUGCUCAAAGCCCAUGCACAAGUCUCUUGGGGACAGAUGGAGGCUGUGGGUUACUUGCUAUGCAGGAUCUGGCUGCUUUCCUUGGUGUUCUGGCUAGGACAAGGGAGGCAGAUGGCUCCCCCAGGUUUUGUAGAGAGCAGUUGCCACUCCAGGAUUUUUUGGAUGAAACUGAAUAAACUCUUCCUCCAGGGAAAAUUCUUCCAUCUGGAAAUCAAUGAUCCUUACACUGGACCUGUUCUGCUGGAUGAGAAACUGGCCUCUCGUUGUGGCUAUGUCCUCUCAGAAGAUGUGUGGGGCAACCCCGUGUUCCGUGCGUCUGUGCUUGGCUGUCAUGUGGCCAACGAGGCAGAUGAGCUGUUUACACUGACUGUGAACAUCAAAGUCUCCUCAUUUUCAAGCAUGAGGGCAGCUGUCACCUACAUCUACCCUAUGUACUGCUCCUACUCUUCCUGGGCUUCAAGAGAAAUUGUGUGUGAAGAAAACUACAUGGAGGUGUCGGUGAAGACAGAUGUCCCUGCAGUUUCAAAUGACUACACCGUAGCAUGGUUGUCAGCACUGCCAGAGACUCAGAAUGUGGCAUACCAGCAAUGGCAGCUGAUGUUUGUUUCUCCAUCGGGGAGAAAGAGAAUAACAGUGAGCGACGCAACAAAACUGGGCUACAGCUUCAACAACACCCUGUCCCGGGUGUACCUCCGCGCACCCUACCACAGCAACGAGUCCGAUCUCAGCAUGGUCAGUGGUGUAAAUAUGAACAUGGUAACUUCCACUUCCAUGUACAGGCAGCGGUGGCUGCUAUUGCUGAUUGACACAACUGUCUCCUGUCCUGUUGAUGGCAUCAGUUUCACUGAUACUACACUAAAAUGGACGGUGCCAAGUGUUAUUCCAACAUUAGUGGUUCAAGAAGCCACCUUUCUGUCUAAAACCAUUUUAAUGGGAGUUGAUGGUCAAGUUAUAAUAAAACCAGAGGAGAAGAACUACCUACUGGAGCACAAUGAGACACACAUCAGCAUAACUAUCCCUAUUGGAGCAGAAGGAGGCAAGCUAAAGAGCUCUGUAUCUGGUGGUGUAUAUGGAGUCAUCUACAGCAUUGACUUGUUCUUGGAGCACACAUGGACAGAUGCAGAUUGGCAAACCACAAAGUAUACUGCCAUCAAAUCCAUCACCACACCUUUCAUGCCACAAAUACCAACUGUUAUCAACAAUACUCUGCCAGAGGAAAGGCUAUUUAGUGCUGCACUUGGACACUUUCUUCCCGAUGUCUCUCUGGUGGCAAUCGCAAUAGGAAAUGUGCCAUUUACCCUGAGGGAGGCACAGCACCAUGGGUUUAAGAUUUAUGAAACUCCCUUUUCUAAUAGAACAAAAGGAUUUAUCCUCGAAGUCUCUUUUGAUGAUCCAUAUGUUCUAAAGGAGUAUGUGAACAGAAAUGAAACAAAAUACACCCUCCUCAUCAACUACACUCUAAGAGUGGGUCCGGAGAUGAUGCCCUAUUAUCACUCAGCAGAGGUGGAGUGUGUGGUUGCUGAUAUGGAACUACCAGAAGCUGUUGGUUACUGUGAUGAAGAAAACCUGUAUCAAGCCAUCCCUACUUUUGGGUUGCACCAGUAUUGGAAUCUGUACCUUGGUAACAAGCUCCUGAACCGGCACGUUGCACUUACCAACGGGUAUCUUGCAGCUACCAACUCUACACACCUCAUCUUGCAAAUUCCUCUCUUUUCUGUGGGAGUUACCUAUGAGGAAGUGUCCUUUCAGAAAAUUAAAGCAAGGUUUGACAUUGCCCUAAGGAAAGUGAGAACUAUGGAGACCUUACAGAUGUUCUCUGUUAGCUGCAGUUUUAAUUCUUCAUCAUUUAUAAUAUGUCACUCAGAUGGUACCAUAAUGAUAUCUGCCCAAAUGAAAACAGUUCCUGCCAUUGAUAUGAGUAAAACCAAACUAAGGGAUAGCUCGUGCAAGCCUACAGAGUAUAAUGAAGACCAUGUCUUCUUCAAGUUUCAUGUCACUACCUGUGGCACUUCAGUAAGGUUUGAAGGUGAUCACAUUGUUUAUGAAAAUGAAAUCUCUUAUGAGAAAGAGACUCUUCCUGGACAGAGCAUACCAACAAUUACAAGAGAUCCAGACUACAGACUAACAGUAUUGUGCUACUAUCGAGCAAAAGAGACCCUAGUGCUAGGAGCCUUUGCUGGUGAUCCAUCCACAUCAUCUCCCUCUGGCUCUGGUAUGAUGUUACCAAGAUCAAAUAUUGCAGUAAGGAGAAGGAUAAGACAAGCCCUGAAUGUAGUUUCAAGAGUAUCCAAAGAUGAAACUUUCAUGGAAUUCUACAAGCCCAGCAUGGCAAUACUCAAGCAACCUGGGGAGCCUGUGUUUCUUGAGGUGGAGCUGAAAGAUGAGAGUCCCAGCACUGAGUUACACCUCAAGAACUGCUGGGUAACCAGGUCUCCGGACUUCAACAGCACUCCAAGAUGGAACAUCACUGUGGAUGGGUGUGAGAUUAACAGCAAUGAGUACGUUGCAGAGUCCUGUCCAGUAGCUGUUAGCCCCAGGGUGAGAUACCCUUCUCAUUUUAAAAGGCUGGCAGUAAGGAGCCUGGCACAGCAGCUGGAACAGGUGUAUGUGCACUGUUUGGCGGCCGCAUGCUCUCCUACCAACAAACCUCACCAUCCCUGCAGAGGACAGCGCAGCUCGAGCAGGGAGAGGAAGGCUUUCCCAGGUCACUGUUCAGCCAGGCUCCAGGGCUACAUACUUGCUGGACCAAUCUGGAUUGUUGAUCCUGAUCGAAGAUGAUGAAUGUAAACUGAACUUGGUUUUCAACUGAACUGCCUCCAGCCUGAAAGAAAAUGGAUCCAAAAUUUUAGAAGCAAACACUAAGGCACAAAUCACUGCCAUAUUCCAAAUUCUUUUGGAGGGUUCAAAUCCUCCAAAAUGUGAAGACUUUAUGUUAUAGCUUUGUCUGCCCUUCGAAAACUAAAGCUGUCCAUCUCCAGCCUUGCUCCUCACUUCCCUGUGAGUGGGCACCCAAAGGCUCUGCUGUGCCGAUUGCUUUCUAAAUGGUGCAGCUACCCACAGGAGCCACCUCUUUCAGUGACCACCAGCACCAUCUUGCUUGUAGUUAAAAAGCCAGAUGGUGGGACUGGGACAUCACCACUACCCUGCAAAGUGCUGGGGUCUGCUAACAGGAUUAGUAAAUGUAGUAAUCUGUUGCCUCUCUAAAGUGGCUACAAAAGAAAACAGAAAAUAACCCAAGGCUGCAAAAUAACACUUCUCGUCUCUUCCAGCUGUUGAAACAUGGACUUACAGAUCACUAAAACUAUUCCAGCCCUGAUUAUGGCUGCUUCUCAUGUUUCAUAAAGUGACUGCCAAUCCUCCCAUGUGAAUGUGAAGUGUAAAUCCAAAAAGUCAAAUAAAAACGCAUACAAAGUGA